CAGACUCAGGGAGUCGAAGUGCCUUGCGCGCUGUGCCCACGCCCGGCCGUCUGCACAACUCAGGAGCCGCGCCUCUUCCAACUUCCAGGCACCUGCUACAGUGCUAGCAAAUCCGCGGCUCCCUUGUGCUUUCCUGAUUUGACCUCUCCUUGACUCUUCUCCACUUGCGAAAAAGCCAGCGGCUUGCCUUCUGCUCGUUCUGCUUGCUCCAUCGAGGCGCUUGUGAGGAGGCUCUUGCUUUCAAGCAUGCGAGUGGACAGUGCAGCUGCUGCACAGACAGUACAGAAUAGUUCUCGUGAUCUGGACGGGUGGUCCUCACCUCCUGUGAUAUACUUUUGAGACGCCUAUCCCCUAAUAAAAGGUUACGCGAUGGGGUGGUGGUUGGGGAAGUAUUUCCUUCUCUGCGUGAAAGUUGCCGUUACGCCACUCGUGUGUGGACUCAGGACCGGCGCCAAGAGGGGGGCACGCUAACUUAGAUGCUUUGGCUGUCAGAAGCUGGUCGCAGUCAGGAUGCAAGCAUCUGCCAGGGUGGUCGGCGGCCCCGUGCUGGGGUCGCUUCCAGGUCUCCACAGGGCUGCUUCUUUAGAAGUUGAGACGCCCUUCAAGCAUCCACGGUCUUCCUGCAGGGCGAAAGGGUCAGGGGAUGGACAUCCAAGGGUGGUGUCAGGAACCGAUGGCUGUCCGCUUCUAGUGCAGAAGUAUACAUUUUUUGGAGUCAAAUGUGAGGGGGGGCGGUCAGCACGCCAGCAGAGGAGCGUGCGCUCUCCAUUUUCUGUGUCUGCGAGUGUUGCGGAGCCUCCUGUUAAGGAGGCUUUGGGGUUUGAUGCGCCUCUGCCAGCGCCAGAGCUCCUGUCUGUUUUCGACUCCCCCUCCCCCUUUGUGGUCACCUCGCCAGAGUACCCCACGCUAUCAACUGAUGACAACCACCGGCCAACCUACCAUUUCCAACCACCUGCUGGUUUCAUGAAUGACCCAAACGGCCCUGCUUUUAUUGGAGGCCAGUAUCACAUCUUCUAUCAGCACAACCCGGCGCGCGCUGCCUGGAACUGGGGCGUCUGCUGGGGCCACGCCGUUUCCUCUGACCUGGUCCACUGGGAGCACCGCCCGCUGGCGCUCACGCCCACCCCCGGGGGGUACGACCAGGACGGCGUCUUCUCUGGCUGCUGCGUCAACAACGACGGCAUCCCCACCCUCCUCUACACAGGCGUCCAGGUGGCGACGCCCGAUAGGCCGGUGAAUGUGACCUCGGUGUCUCAGCUGCUGGGGGCGGCGUUCUCGGAGGUGCAGUGCAUGGCAACUCUGGGGCCGGACGGGAAGUUCUCCAAGGGGCUGGCGCCAGUGAUUUCGACCCCCCCGGCGGGGCUGGAUAUCGUCGGGUUUCGGGACCCGUAUGUUUGGCGGGAAGGCAACGAGUGGAUGAUGCUCCUGGGGUCGGGGAUCAAGGAACAGGGGGGCACGGCGCUUCUUUACAAGAGCCCGGACCUGCACAAGUGGGAGUUCGUGCAGCCCAUUCACAUCGGGGACCACACAGAAACGGGGACCAUGUGGGAAUGCCCCAUCCUGCUCAAGCUCGGCAAGUGGCACAUCCUGAGCGUGUCGCCCGACAAUCCGGCCAACCCGAUCCUGUACUGGAUUGGCUCCUUCAGCAACGGCACCUUUGUCCCCUAUGGAGCCCCCCGGAGACUCGACCUGGGAAACGUGUGCUACGCCCCUAACAGCUGCAUUGACGGGAAGGGCCGGCAACUAGUGUGGUCCUGGAUCCAGGAGGUGCGCAGCGAGGAGGCGAGCGUGGCGGCUGGGUAUGCGGGCUGUCUAACCCUCCCCCGCGUGUUGUCGAUGCUCGACGACGGGCGGUUGAUCCAGGAGCCCGUGGAAGAGAUGAAGCUGCUGCGCGACCGGCACCUGGUGCACGAGACCGACUUUGCGCUGCGGAGCGCUCGUCCCCGCACCUUCAACGUGCACACAGGCACCCUGGAAAUCGAGGUCGAGAUCGAGCGUGGGGGCGCCGACGCAGUCGGGAUCGACAUCCGGGAGACCCCCACGGAAGAUGAGGUGCUUGAGAGUGAGUGUGGGCCGGAGGGGUGCGGGCUGGAGGCCACGCGCGCGCAGCGGGUGUUACGGACGGACCCUCACGAGGGGGUGUUGGUGUCGUACGAUUACAAGAAGCAGUGGCUGGAGGUGGCGUGGUGGCAGCCCGGGCCGGACGCGGGAACCGACUCUCCGGGAGAGCUGGUUUCUAAGGGCGGCCCAUUGACGUUGGACGAGGGCGAGAACCUGAAGCUGCGCGUCUUCCUGGACCGGAGCGUCGUGGAGGUGUUUGCCAACAGCCGCGCGGUGCUGACGACUCGGAUGUACCGGAAUGUUAUCGGUGCGGCGCUGAUUGCCAAGGGGGGGGACGCGGUCGUGAAGCAGGUCGACAUGUGGCAGAUGGGGUCCAUGUGGGACCCGCAGCUGAAGGACAGCCCCCUCGUGCCGCAGCUCAAGGAUAACCCGUACGUGUCUAUUUAAGACAUGUUGGAUUUGGCGGUGCCGUGAUCCUUCCCGAGAUCAGUGUUGGUUCUUGUGUCACAAAAGCGUCAGAGCUUGCGUCCGCGCCUGUGUUGCAUCAGCGAAGUAGCGCAGGAGAUUUAGUCGAGUCGAAGUCCUUGGACUGCACGUCAAUCUUUCGAGAGGGUUUCCUCAAGCUCGCACACGUCAAUGAGCGACGCGAUUAAUAUAGGGCAUUUAUGGGGGUACAUAGACCAACAUUUUUUGCCAGACAAGGCACAGAAUCUGUUGAAAACCGACUGUGCCGCUCAUGCGUAUUGAUAUUAAUUAAACAGCACUUAGGCGAAUGGAUAGUAGAUUACAUUAUUUGAUUUCAGAGACUGGAUUACAAAUAGCUCGAAAGUUGUCCGACCUUAUUGCAUGUAGGAUCAUGUAGAUCAACCGUCCAUUUUCUAGAUUAACAAGUGUCAUCACUUUAGUUCGGGUUGCCGGCGCUUCCGACACGUUAUUCUCCAUCUCCAGGCUAGCCAUGCCAGCAGCUUUGGAUUAACAUUGUGAGGUUAAUGAUCUGCCAGGUAUGUAUUGAAUUUGAA